AUGGAAGCUCUGGACAUUCGUAGUGAAGCUAGUCUCUCUGUGGAAAGUGAUGAAGAUAAACCCAAAGAGGAGGUGGAGGAAGACAAUGAGCCACAGAUUCCCAUUCCUCAGUACACGGAGGAGGAGUUGGAUAAGUUGGUGGAAUUUGUGCAGAAUAUGACGACCCUGUUUGAUUUGCACGAAUCAGAUUGGACGGAGGAUUGUGUAGAGAUGAUCCGGAAGUGGUUUCUGGAUGUUACGGAAGUUGCUUUGCUCAUUUUCUACGAUGGGAAUGCCCUGAGCGUGUCUUUGGGCUUUCCUGCUGCCAGUGCGUUGGACUUUACGUACUUUCUGCGUCCACCAGGGCACAUCUUCACUGUCGAUGGUUUCCAUGAUGACGUGCAAUUUGGGACGAUGCAGGAGGUGGAUGGUUCAAUGUUGGCCCUCCUGGAGAUUGUCUUUGCACCCAUUUUCUUUGAGUACUCCCCAUGGUCGGAGAGUGUUAAAUCCGCAUGCUUGGAGUCAGUGCACAACUUCCUGGCAAAUGUGAAUCAUUUGCACUACAAAAUGGCCGGGCUGACAGUGUUGUACAUCCCCACGGAAGGGAUGCAUUUGGAUCCCCUGGAGGCAGUUAAGGAUGCACGUUUUCUCAAGCGGUUGGAAUCUGUUGCUACGCAGUGGAUGUCACAGAUCAGGACAGCACUCGCGGAUACCGAUCAAAUGGAUCACGAUACAGUGUGCCCAUCGGAUGAAUACGAUUUUUGGCUCUAUCGACGUAAGAUCCUUUCUUACAGAAUCCUCCAAAUUCCUUGCAAAACAGAUGAAACCCUCCUGGCGCUAACGAUGCAGAUUAAAUGCCCGGAAGUUUGUCAUAUAAUGGACAUUCUGGAGAAAUCUCAAUCAAUCUACCGGAAGCAACUGGCAAUAUUGUUCGAGGAGUGCCAGAUGGAGCUGAAACGAGCAGAAUCCAACUACAAAUUCCUCUCAAUUCUCGUAGCGCCAAGUCGGGAGCUCGAGAAUGUCGCCACACCGCUGGAUAUUCCUGCCAUUCUGCCCAAGAUUAUGCACUCAAUCUACCUCAUUUGGACGCACUCGAGCUUCUACAACUCCCCCAAGGGCAUCACAGGGCUCUUCAGGGCUCUCAGCAAUCACAUCAUUCUCUACUGUCGCACCAAGAUUGACACUCUGGGCAUCUUGCGGGGGCGCCCCAAUGAGGGAGUUCGUGUGUGCCUCAUGGCCCUGGAUUGCUGUAUUGCUCACAAGGAGAUCUAUGAGAGUGUCAAGAGGCAGCAUGCGGAUGAUGGAGACGUGGAUUGGCGGCUUCUCGAUGAGGCGGCAAUCUUCAAUCACAUUGACACCUUUAUGCGACGCCUGGGCAACAUGGUGGACAUCUGUGAGUCAAUGAUGGUCUUUGGGCGCUACAAUGAGUCACAGAAGAUUGCAGCACCGCGCUUCGGUGGCACGAGGGGACCCCAAUUUGAAGGGGCCUUCCGCGCCGUUGAGAGGAUGUACAACGAGGGACUGGAAGUCAUCAAGCGGGAGCAUGAGAUCAUCUUUGAUGUGCGCAACAAUACGUGGCAGAAGACAAUGGAUGAAUUUAGAGUAACAAUUUAUCCUCCUUCCUGCGAAGCAAUGCUGAGAGAUCUAGAAGAGAUCGUGGAGAAUUGGAUGGAUCAAAUAUUCCAGACAGUACGGAAUGUGGAUGAAGGUGUGGAAGCUCUCUGCGCAUUGACAAAUUUCUACAACCGGAAGAGCCUCCAAGCGGCUUAUGUGGCAAAAGUGGUGCACGUCUGGACGCUCCUAAUUGAGGAAAUCAACGACACAAAUACCUACCUUCUUGAGUAUUCAGAUUCCCGCUCCUCAAUCCAUCCAAAACACGCUGGAAGGGCAAUAAUUGCCACAAUUUGCCUGCAAAAGAUUAUCCGGAUCAAGAAUAUUCUCGUGGAAUCAGUUUGGAUGGUGGAUGUACCCAAUUCCCGGACAAUCCUGGAGCAUUUUGACACAAUGGAGCGGAAUGUGAAGCACCAGGUGAGUGAACUACGCGAUCAAUGGGCAAAUUCCGUGAAGGAGGAAAUCGUGCAGUGCCUUCAGCGUUCCCUCAUGAUCCGCAGUGUAUCCCGUCCGGGAUUGCUGGAGUGCAACAUCGACCGGAAGGUCUUGAUGCUCUUCGAUGACAUCAUCUACUUCCUCUACUUGGGCUUCCCCACACCCAUUCACCUCAAUCUCUUCUUCAGCAAGUACGAAGCAACGAAAUUAAUCCUCGAAAGUGUCCUCACCGUUGUCCUGGACUACAAUCGCAUCAUAACAGGGUUAUCGGACAAGGAGAGACUUCUCUUUAAGGCCCUCAUAAAGCUCUGCGAUAAGAAGGUCACAAUGGGGAUCUACAAGCUAAAUUGGGCUGGAGAUUUCAGUGAUUCCUACAUCCAUGAUUGCGUUAUGUACACGAGUCAGGUGCAGGAGUUUGUCAACAUCUACAAGAUCAGCAACAAUAAGAUCGUGGAGAUUUGUGAGAAUAUCUGUGAUCUCCCAAUCAUACGAAUCUCCACGGAUUGUGCGUUGGAGCUGAAGAAUGUCGAGGAGGACAUAAUGGAUGAGAGGGAGAAGUCAAUGCUUAAACUCACUGAAUACUACAAGGAUAUUGUUGAUCACAUUGUAACCGUUCAUCAGGGAUUUGAGGAUCAAAUGGAGAAUAUGAUGGACGAGUGGUCAAAGUACGUGGAGAAGAUCGAUGCUCUGCUGCUGGAGGCACUGCACUGUAGCGUCAAAUACGGCCUGGAGAGUAUCUUCACGCGUAUCCACGGAGAUGGAACACUCGGUCCAAAUCCUCUCGUUAAAGUAGAAGUGAAUCUCAUGGGGAAUCACUUGGCCUUCACCCCGUCCAUUGAUGACAUUCUCUCGGUCCUCCUGCAAGUCUUCUCUGACAUCAUGGUGGUCCUGAAGGGCUUUCCGCGUCUCGUGAAUCAUCUAAAUCUCCCCAAGAUGGGACACAUUCGACGCUUUCAUGACAUUCUCGCCAAUGAUGAGGAAUGCCUGGGAAUUUUUGCUGAAAUUCAAGAAGAACUCCGACACAUGGAGUACCGCAUGGAGACAUAUUGCGACACAUGGGCCCCAUUCCGAUCGCAAUGGGAACUCGACAAGGAGGUCUUCAUGGAGAACUACGAAGCCACCAAUCCCACACCGGAAAUGUUUCACAUUAACAUAAAUCGCUACACAGAGGUGGCGAAUCUCAUUGCAAAUCAGGAGAAUGUCUCCAUUGUGGGCUUCCUGGCGGUGAAUUCGGUUAAGCUCAAAAAUACCCUCAUUCAGCACAUUGAUGACUGGCAGAGUCGCCAUACGCAUCUCCUCAAGAAGAGAUCGUGCAGCAAGAUUGAGGAGAUUUAUGCCUACAUGGAGGAGAUGGGCAAUCAAAUUGUUAUGAAGCCACGUACGGCUGAUGCGAUGCGUGCGGCUCUUGAUUUACACACUCGUCUCACGGAGGAGGUGCCCCAGAAGGAGGCAUCCUUUCAGCUUAUUAAGGAUCAUUUUGCCACAUUAGAUAAACACAACAUAAGUGUAUCUGGGAAAAUUCAGAAAAUGCUUUUCAACUUGGAAGCCACAUGGGAGAUUUAUCUGGAGAAAUUGAAAGAUUCCGGCGAGAUGCUCAUGACGUCUAAAGAUCAAUUUUUCUUCGAAUAAGAAGGAAAAAUUAUUUUCUUGUCGUAUCUUUUGGUCAGAAAAUUAGUUUUUUUGAGCAGCAGAACAAAGAAUUUCAAUUUUUUUCGUUUCUAACAUGCGUUGAAAGGAUAAUAUUUUUUGGACAAAGCCUUGAAGAUUUUCCAUUAAAUUCUUCUCAUAAUUUCCCCAUUCUCCUGACUAAAAGACUAAUUUCUGAAAGAUUUCUUUCCGCAUUCAUUUGCACGCAAAAAAAAACGUCGAACGGAAAAAUUAAUUUUCUCACUCUUUUGUGCUUCUUUUUUGAAUUUAUAGCUAUUUUUAGUUGCAUUAGGAGAUUGGAAAGAGCAAAAAGCGCAGUUAUUAGAAGCGAGAUUCCGCGUGGA